UAGUUUUUAGCUCAAUUGGAGUUGUUUCAUUUUCGCUCCCGAUUUUCUCAGGAACCAAACAAGAAAAAGAAGAAGAAGGAGAAGAAGAAUAAGAAGAAGAGAAAAUGUCGGUUUUGAUAGUAACAAGUUUAGGAGACAUCGUAGUUGAUUUAUUCACUGAAAAGUGCCCCUUAACUUGCAAGAAUUUCUUGAAGCUUUGCAAAAUAAAGUAUUACAAUGGAUGCCUAUUUCACACUGUUCAAAAGGAUUUCACUGCACAAACUGGUGAUCCAACUGGUACAGGAGCUGGUGGUGAUUCCAUUUAUAAAUUUUUAUAUGGCGAGCAGGCUCGAUUUUUUGGUGAUGAAAUCCAUCUUGAUUUGAAACAUUCGAAGACUGGUGCAUUGGCAAUGGCUGGUGCUGGAGAGAAUUUGAAUGCUUCUCAGUUUUAUAUCACAUUGCGUGAUGAUCUGGAUUACCUCGAUGGGAAGCAUACUGUAUUUGGAGAGAUGGCAGAAGGAUUUGAAACUUUGACCAGGAUAAAUGAAGCUUAUGUGGAUACAAAGAACAAACCGUAUAAAAAUAUCCGCAUCAAACACACUUAUAUUCUCGAUGAUCCGUUUGAUGAUCCUCCACAGCUACAAGAAUUAAUUCCCGAUGCUUCUCCUGAAGGAAAACCAAAGGAUGAGGUUGAAGAUGAGGUGCGACUUGAAGAUGAUUGGGUACCCAUGGAUGAGACAUUAGGUCCAGAAGAACUUGAGGAGGUUCUUCGAGUAAAAGAAGCCCAUUCUAGUGCUGUCGUCCUUGAGACUAUUGGGGAUAUUCCUGAUGCUGAUGUAAAGCCUCCAGAUAAUGUUCUUUUUGUUUGUAAAUUGAAUCCAGUUACGGAGGAUGAGGACUUGAAUACAAUUUUUUCACGCUUUGGAACUGUUAUAUCGGCUGAAGUAAUACGUGAUUUCAAAACUGGAGACAGUUUAUGCUAUGCAUUUAUUGAGUUUGAGAACAAAGAAUCAUGUGAGCAAGCAUAUUUUAAGAUGGAUAAUGCUUUAAUUGAUGAUAGAAGGAUACAUGUGGAUUUCAGUCAGAGUGUUGCAAAACAAUGGGCUGAAUACAGGCGCAAAGGUGGCCAAAUGGGUAGAGGAGGUUGCUUCAAAUGUGGUGCUUCUGAUCAUAUGGCCAAGGAUUGCGAAGGCGGUCCUGCCUCCAAGCAACUCCAUCCCCAAAAAUAUGUUCUGAAGGAUGACAAUGUGCAGCGCGGUGGAGAUAAGUCUAGAUACGAUAUGGUGUUUGAUGAAGAGAUUCCCGAAAAUAAGAGACUGGAAAAGAGAAAUGAAGGCCAUGAUCCAGAGAGACUGAAGAAGCAUAGGAAAGGUUUGGAAGAUAUCAAAAGCAGGGAUGAAGAAAAGAAAAAUUCAGAUGAUAGGCACAGGAAUAGAAAUAGGGAAUUCAGGGAGGAGGAUGUGCAUCGUGAAAGGAACGCAAGUCGAUAUUCUGAUGAGCGAAUUGAUAGAAGAAAAGAGUUGGAUGAUCGAGAUUAUAGGAGGAGAAGUUCGGAUAUUGACAGCCGUGGAGAUGGGAGGCAAAAUGAAGGUUAUAGAAAGAGAACUACAGAUGAUGAUAGGCGCAGGGCUGAAGUGAGGGAUGAUUCCGAUUAUAAAAGGAGACAUCGAGAUAGUGACAGGCGCGACUCGCGGGAUGAACCAAGUCAUGGCCAUAAAGGCAGCAGGGAAGGGCAAGAACAUCGGGAUAGUGACAGGCGCGACUCGCGGGAUGAACCUAGUCAUGGCCAUAAAGGCAGCAGGGAAGGGCAAGAACAUAGACGCCGUGGUGCUGAUAUAAUUGCUGAUCAUCGAAGUGAUAGAAGAAGAUGAAUUUAGAUAUUGUUUCCAGUUUUGCUCAUUCCUCCUACUGUCAAGUCCUUGAAUUGUAGUUGUUUCUUGUAGAGAAAUCCUCUCCAACUUGGUUUAAUUUUUCUGGAGAAAUAACCUAUCUCCUUGCUUAAAAUACAUAGGGAUAUAUUUCAAGGGCUUUUUCUCAA